AUGGAGAGGCCAAAGCAGGACGACAAUGUCAUAGUCGGGACGAUAGAACUCCCGGGCUCCUCACAUUCGCAGCAAGCGCUUAAUCACGAAAAGCACCGCGACAUUCUGGUUGCAUCAUCAUGGCCAAAAGAUCCAGUCCCUCUGGUGCCCGACACCAAAGAUCGAAUAUUCAUGUGGCUGUACGACGGCAUCCUUCUGGCUGUUCCGCUUGUCCUCGUCGCCAAAAUCGGUCUGGUAAUCGGUGCAUGGAAGCUCGAUCGACAACAUCGUGGAGACGAGAUUGAUCUGGUCAGUAGGCUUACCACUUUCUUGAUCGAAUUCAACGGUCAAAUGACGACGGCUUUUACCAUCGUCUUCGUCACAAUCAUCUCAACCCUGGUGCGGCGAUACGCACUGUGGAAAGCGCAGACAGGUGCGCGUGUCUCGGACCUCGAACAGCUCCAGGGCAGUAUAAGUCUUCCAAGCACACUCAAGUUGAUUUGGUCUCUUCGCGCCUUCACUACAAUGAGCGCUGCUCUUGUCGCCAUCUGGUCUUUCUACUACCUCGGCAGUCAAGCCAGCAAGCAAGAAUUCCAACGGGUCGACUCUCGUUCGUAUCACCAAAUAAACGGUUAUACUGCUAGCACGAGCCUUCAGUCUGGUUUCAGUUCCUCCUACGGCAAUACAUAUCACAGCUUCAGUAUCGACGAUUUGAAUGCCGCUCUUAUAGCCGCUGUAAGCUUCACGAAACCAGACUACAAUUCGCCCACUGCAACACCAAAGGGCACUGACUCCAUCGGUUCCGCCGUCGUUCCUGAUCUCAACGCUAUCUUGGAUCAAGGCUGGUGGGUCAACGAUAUCGGAUAUGUAUCUCCUCGUCCUAGUCGCCACGGUUGGGUCAAUGUUGCACAUCAAUCACAACUCAUGAAAUCAGAUGACUACUCGGCGUUUAUCGGAAGAGCUACGUAUUUCGAGCUUUCGAGUGACGCCUAUGGGCCAAUUUUCCAACAAAUCAAUGGGUUCUUGGGUGAGUAUACCCUACCGACCAGGUAUUUGGCGGUCAAAUGCGCACGCCCUAUAAUCCUUCCAUAUGAAACUUUUCCCGAUGGCACCUACAUGAACCAAUCUGUGAGCCUCAACUUGACCCAUGUUAGGCCCGACGCUCCCAAAGAUGGCGAAGGCUAUCCUCUUCGCGAGUUCAAUUUGUCUACGCGGUGGAUCCCCGAUAAUGAUCAAAGCAUCGUCUCCUAUGGCAGUUCGCGGCAGACCUGUAACAUCACGUACGUCAAAGUUGACAUGCAAGUGCACUGUGGCGUAUCAGGCUGCUUUCCGAUUAAAAUGCGGUACAAGAACAAUAUGUCUCGGCAAAAUGUAACUUCGUUCAGUACACCUUUUGAUGACGACGCCUUUGCCGAGAGAUUCUUCAGUGCUCUCCUUCUCUCACGCGGCGCGCAACGGAAUGCCUCCACGACCACAGAUAUUGGAGGCAGCUUGACCCUCGGCCUUCAAAACUUCCUGGGCCAGCCAGAGGGGUCUAUCGGCGAGGGAGACAACUACGACCAGUUUCUGUCUACGCAGCAACGCGGCCUCGAACUGCCAUUGACCCAAUAUUUCAACACCUACUAUAUUCUCUCGCAAGUGGUGACGGGUGUUGCUCCCAGUUAUGCGCCGGAUGACACCCAAUUUCAAGCUCUACCUAUCCACGGCGCCCUCUAUGAUCCUCACUACGCUAUCCUGUGGGGCUGGAUCGCCGUUGAUUUCGUGUCUUGCAUCAUCUUACUCAUAGCCGCCAUCAUUGCAUGUUGGUUGCGCAUCCACACCCUUGCUCCAGAUAUCUUCGGUUACGUCUCCAGCCUGACGAGAGACAAUCCACAUGUUGCACUCCCGGACAAUGGGACCACGUUGAAUGGUCUGGAACGGGCUCGGCUGUUGAGGAAUGUCAAAGUCAAGAUUGGCGACGUGUCCUCACCUGACGAAGAGUCUGGCAGGGUAGGAUUGGCACAAGUCUAUACCACACGUGGAACCCUGGUGGCGAAUCUGAAGCCUACAGUCGCUUAUGUUUAA